AUGGAGUUAUCAAAGUUGUCAAAUAGAUGCUUUGGCCUCACCUUAUGCCUUCUCUCAGUUUAUACUUUUGCACAGACACCUAACCCCAGAUUCAAGGCUGUGAAUUUGGGAGGGUGGUUGGUUGUAGAGGGAUGGAUCAAACCAUCUCUUUUCGAUGGGAUACCCAACAAAGAUUUGCUGUAUGGAACCCAAGUUCAGUUCAAGUCAGUACAGUUGGGAAAAUAUCUCUCAGCUGAAAAUGGUGGGGGUUCAAUUAUUGUCGCAAACAGGACAAGUGCAUCAGGAUCGGAAACGUUCACGUUGCAGAGGACUACGGAUGUCAAAUAUCAGUUUCGAGUGUUCAAUGGACAGUUUAUAGGACAGGGAUCAGGAAAAGAUGUGGUAGCAGUAGCUAAUGAUCCCGGGACUACUGAAACUUUUGAGAUCAUCCAGAAUCCAGGAGAUAACAAACGAGUUCAGAUCAAGGCAUCAAAUGGGAUGUUUUUGCAGUCGAAGACAGGAAACCAUGUGACUGCAGAUUUCCAAGGUGACCAAGGCUGGGGAGAUAAUAGUCCAGCCGUGUUUGUGACCACGAUCGUUCGCACACGGCAAGGACAAUACCAGUUAACAAAUGGUUAUGGACCUGAUAAGGCUCGCCAAAUUAUGAAUGAUCACCGGAAAAUUUACAUUGUGGAAGACGACUUCAGGUUUAUGUCUAACAAUGGGAUAAACUCUAUGAGAAUACCUGUGGGUUGGUGGAUUACAAGUGACUCUACACCCCCAGAUCCCUAUGUUGGUGGCUCUCUAAAUGCUUUGGAAAACGCUUUCACUUGGGCAGAGAAAUAUGGUGUCAAGAUAAUCGUCACUCUCCAUGCGGCUCCUGGUUCACAGAAUGGGAAUGAACAUAGUGGCACAAGAGAUGGGAGCCAGAACUGGGGAAAGACAAAGGAAUAUAGACCGGACCGUUUCAAUUAUAGAUUUCCUUACUUCAAGAUACGCCAGGAGGACGAGUGCAUUACUACAAUCUCUAUUCCAGUAUGUUUAAUUCUAUGACAGUGCAGCAAAACAUAGACUUCAUAUACAGUGACAGGGCUCAGCAGCUCAGCAGCAUAACUACAGCUAAUGGUCCACUCACUUUUGUGGGGGAAUGGGUUGCUGAAUGGGCAGUUCAAGGAGCAUCAAAGGAAGAUUAUAACAGAUUUGCAAAGGCCCAAUUGGAUGUUUAUGGCCGCGCCUCGUUUGGAUGGGCUUAUUGG